CCGGAAGUUCUUGGGCGGGGAGUUAGGCACUAGCGGAGAUGGCGGGUGCCGCAGCGAGUCUGAGAAUUGGGGCUAAAGUUGGCUUGCGUGAGAUUCGCGUCCACUUGUGCCAGCGCUCGUCCGGCAGUCAGGGCGUCAGGGAAUUCAUCGAGAAACACUAUGUGGAGCUGAAGAAGGCGAACCCUGACCUGCCAAUCCUAAUCCGCGAGUGUUCCGAUGUGCAGCCCAAACUCUGGGCCCGCUACGCAUUUGGCCAAGAGAAGAAUGUCUCCUUGAACAACUUGAGUGCUGAUCAGGUAACCAAAGCCGUGGAGAAUGUGCUAAGUGGCAAAGCCUGAAGCCUCCACUGAUUGUUAAGAGCAACAACAGCCCCACAACUUGGGCUUUGUUGAACUGAGUAAAAUGUGAAAAAAUG